AUGAACACUAGCCGGACCAUCCCUGUUACGCCGCCGGAGCCUCGAGACACAGCAGAUGUGGCAACUCCAGCCGCGACUCCAGCCCAUGCUCCUCCAGCCGCAACUCCAGCCUCAACUCCAGCCUCAACUCCAGCCGCAACUCCAGCCUCAACUCCAGCCGCAACUCCAGCUGCAACUCCAGCCGCAGUUCCAGCUCACUCGGGGGAUUCGCCAGUCACUGCUACCAAUCAUUCACAUCCUGUGGAUACUCCUGAUGAUUCACCCAGUCAUCCUCCUACUUCGGACCCACCUGAGACUAGCGACUCGGGAACUCAACAAACUGGUAGACUUACUGAUGGCCAUCUUCCUGAAAUCAUUGGGGGAUUAUGUGGCUUAUUGGCAUUGGGCAUCUUGGUUCUAGUUUAUGCCUUUUGGAGCUACCGAAAAAGUAGAAAGCGUCAGAGCGUAUUGAUAAAUGAAAUGGUGACGAGCGCCACUCCUACAGAACAUAGGCCAGUCUUUCCUAUCGACGAUGAAAGGCGAAAGCAUGAUACCGAGCGCUCCGCCUUUAGAGAGCUCAAACCGACAUCGGCCUUGGAUCAUCAAAAUCAUUUGACACAAGGUUAUGAAAGACGGGUUGUGGUUCCAUAUCGGAUUGGAACUUUUGAAAAUCAUGUUCACACUCCUAAUCGUGUUCGAGGAAACUCAGAAAAAUCAAGUCGACCUUCCUUUGGACAACAGACAACAUGGUCUCAAGAAAAUCCAUUACCACCAGAUUUGAUUCCAAGACAAGCUCAAGUACAAACAUUUGAUCCGAAUUAUCACGAGACAGUUUAUAACUUUACACCUUCACCUACAUCUAAGCCCCCCACCUCUAAUGCUCCAUUUCCUGGCACACCUGGUCAUUACACACGUGCAAGCUUUUCAGCUUUCAAUUCGCAUUCCCAAUAUCAUCAAAGCCAGCAGAAUUACCCAGGAACAUUCUUGGAUCCCAGUUCUGCAAGAACAGAUAACCUUCGAUCCUUUGCGGGUUCACCAUCGCGAAACCGAUCUGCUUCUUCUUUAUCAGAGAAUUCGGUGGCUAGGAACAAUCACGGUCAAGCAUCUCAUCAUCCAAAUCCACACAGAGGGAAUUUUGUUCCUUCGAGACUUGGCCGACAGUCUCCAUCUUAUCCUGUUGAACUGCCAAGUCCGAUAUACGAAUAUGGGAUUGCUUCAAGUACCGAACAUGCACCGAUGCCUAUGAAUCACUCUAUAUCAGUUCCUCAUCUACCUAUUAAUAUAACACCACCACCUCUUCCCACGCACACUCAGUCUCAAAGACCAAUAAUUUCAAGACUUCAGAUUCCUGGAGAAUCUCAUGACUCAGGCUUUCAAACCCGAACACAAAGACCUGUGAUACCAGCUGUUCUUCAACCAGCUUCACCAAUUGUUUUAAAAAGAAUGACCAUGGAAUCAAACAUAGACAGUACAUCGGGUUCAACACAACAAAUUAUGUCUCCAUGUCAGAGAGCAGUCAAAGAAAGUAUGUUCCUUGGACCUAGUACAAGUACACCACAAAGUGGAGACUCGGCUCCGAUCAAGUCCCAAAAAUCAGACUCACCAAUAGAGAAAGGUGACAUUGAUGAAAAUCCUAUAUCAAUCAAAGGAUUCAAUUUUCCAGAAGCUCCUAGAACUUUGGCUUGUCCAUUAUCUUCACCACUCCCAUUUCCUGGGGAGCCUCGUGAACAUGAAUGA